AUGCACGAGAAGCUGUCGAGUGGAGCGAACAAGGCACUUCCGACAGUUCUUUCCAACACAACAAGCUACGUUGAUUUCAAAGAAUUCAAUGACCCCGAGAAUCCUCAAAAUUGGAGACUGUCUGCGAAGCUUUUCAACUCCAUCUUAGUCUGCUCAGGGACCUUAAUUGUCUCGCUAACAAGCGCCAUCUUUGCACCGGGAAUCGACAAAGCAAGCAAAGCUUUCGGGGUCGGAACAGAGGUCGGGACACUGGGAACAACCCUCUAUGUCCUUGGCUUUGCAUCGGGGCCCCUAAUCUGGGCACCUGCAUCAGAGCUACGGGGAAGGAAAUGGCCUCUGACAAUUGGAAUGCUAGGCGGUGGAAUCUUCACUAUUGCAUCGGCAGUGGCCCAAAAUAUCCAGACCUUGGUCAUAUGCCGUUUCUUCGCUGGCAUGUUUGGCGCAAGCCAACUGACUGUUGUCCCCGGUGUAUUGGCUGAUCUAUACAGCAACGCAACCCGCGGUGCUGCAAUUUCGCUAUAUGCGUUGACUGUUUUCGUGGGGCCGUUUAUGGCUCCUUUUGUGGGUGGCUUCAUUGCUUCGAGUUAUCUUGGAUGGAGGUGGACGCUCUACAUCCCGGCAAUUUUCAGCCUCGGAAUUGGGUUAUUGAGCGUUCUCUUCUUGGAUGAGACAUAUCCGCCUUGUAUUCUCGUGGCGAAGGCUGUUGCUAUCCGCAAAGAGUCAAAAAAUGCGAGUAUUCGUGCCAGACACGAGGAUAUCGAGGUCAGCCUCGCAGCUCUCGUGGAAAAAUACUUCACACGUCCAUUGAAGUUGCUCUUCACGGAGCCUAUUAUUCUCGUGGUGUCAGUUUACAUGUCCUUCAUCUACGGCCUUGUCUAUGCCCUUCUUGAAGCAUAUCCUUUCGUCUUCGAGCAUGUCUACGGAAUGACCCCUCCCUUUGCUGGUCUAAUGUUUAUUGGCCUCAUUAUCGGCGUGAUGCUCGCGUGUGCCUUCAUCCUUUUCGGGCAGUUGGCCUAUGCAAAGAAAUUGGCAGAGAAUAAGGGUGUCCCAGUGCCCGAGUGGCGCCUCGCCCCAACACUCCUAGGAGCGCCUGUUUUUACAAUAGGUCUCUUUUGGUUUGGCUGGACCGGGUUCACCUCUCAGAUUCACUGGGCCGUACCUGCCGCGGCCGGGAUAUUCAUCGGAUUUGGGGUGUUAUGCAUAUUUCUUCCGUGCUUCAACUACAUCGUCGAUGCAUACUUGCCAAUCGCUGCUUCAGCUGUUGCUGCCAACAUCAUUCUUCGAUCCGCAGUAGCUGCGGGCUUUCCGUUAUUCUCCAGGCAGAUGUUCCAAAAUAUGGGAAUUCAAUGGGCUGGACUUACGGACCUUGGCUACGAGGAAAAAGCAAAGUAUUCCCUUAAAAGUGCCACAAGUUGGAUAGAGCGAAAUGACAUCGGGAGUUCAUUCCAUGUUAUAGAGUGA